CACGAGUGCGUCUCGUCUCGCGCCACCGGCAACCUGCCGGCGUCACCUGGGAGAGCGACACAGCGCGAGCUGUGGGCGACGCGCGCAAACUGCACUAUGCGCUGCCGCAGGUUAUUUCUACUUUUGCGCUUUUUUAGGAGGUAACGGGGAAGGUGUCAAACUUGCAUGCCAGCAUCAUGGACUGCGUUUUCCUGCUGAUAUGGACUUUACCCAUCCCGCUGCUCGGCUGCACGUCACUCAGGCUCCUGUCCGCCCUUUUGUCCUGGAAUAUAAUCAAGACGCUGCAUAUUUUCUGCUCGCCCUCCUCCCACACCGUUUCUGCAGCUUAUGUUUCCAGCGAAAGCCACGGGUUAAAUCACGACUACGUGUUUGUGACCCCGGUGGAGGUUGAUGCUGAGGGAGGAUACGUGAGCCACGAUUUGACGAGACGAGGUCAUCGCAGUAGGAGGUCUCUCGCUUCUUCUCUGCAUUUCCAGCUCUCUGCCUUUGGGCGGAACAUGCACCUUGACCUGCAUCCAUCCUCUGUGGUGGGCCCAGGAUUCACCGUGCAGAUGCUGGGGUCAGAGGGCAUUGCCACGGUGAUGGGAGAUGCAGAAUUUCACAGCUGCCUUUAUCAGGGAUUUAUUCGGAACCUGACCUCCUCCUCAGCAGCAAUAUCAACGUGUUCCGGGCUGUCAGGCUUGAUUCGUGUAUCGCAUGAGGAAUACUUGAUUGCUCCUUUACCUCAGCAUCUUGCCAAACAGCAUGACUACAGCGCCCCAGAUGGUCACCACCCACAUGUCGUCUACAAACGCUCAGCAGAACAUAUCGUCUGUAAUCGUGCUGGCAGCCCAUCUCGUGACACUUCUUCCAAAUCUGACAAUCCAUACUUCCAUCACCACUAUCAUCAUCAUCAACAGCAGCAUCACCUCCAUGAGUACCACCAUGGAAAGUUUCAGAGGCUACACUUCUGCGGACGCCCCAAGCAAUACACUCCCAAACCUCCUGCUGAGGACCGUUUCAUCUUGCCCGAUGAGUUUGAGAUGCCUCAGGUGGCAGGGCCGGGACGAGCCAGGAGAUCGCCCAUCAAAUCUAACAGGGUCGGAGGUCUCAAUGUGGAGACGCUAGUGGUGGUGGACAAGAGGAUGCUGGAGAAACAUGGCAGGGAUAAUGUCACCACCUAUGUACUCACAGUUAUGAACAUGGUAUCCAGUCUUUUCAAAGAUGGCACCAUUGGAACAGACAUCAAUAUCGUGGUAGUCAGCUUGUUACUGUUGGAACAGGACCCUCUUGGACUGACAAUAAAUCACCAUGCAGACCAAUCCCUCAACAGUUUCUGUCAGUGGCAGUCAGGUUUGGUGGGGAAAGGCGGUAAACGGCACGAUCACGCUGUUCUCCUUACCGGAUUGGACAUCUGCUCCUGGAAGAAUGAGCCCUGUGACACCCUGGGUUUUGCCCCCAUCAGUGGCAUGUGCAGUAAAUACAGGAGUUGUACCAUCAAUGAGGACACAGGACUGGGGUUAGCUUUCACCAUCGCACAUGAGUCCGGACACAAUUUUGGAAUGAUCCACGAUGGCGAGGGAAACCCUUGUCGCAAGACAGAGGGCAACAUUAUGUCACCCACGCUGGCUGGAAACAACGGUGUCUUCUCCUGGUCCACCUGCAGCCGGCAGUACCUCAGCCGCUUCCUUGGAACAGCCCAGGCAUCCUGCCUGGUGGAUGAGCCCAAACAGAUCGGUCAGUACAAAUACCCCGAACAGCUUCCUGGACAGCUGUAUGACGCAGACACGCAGUGCAAGUGGCAGUUUGGCUCCAAGGUCAAACUUUGCAGUCUUGAGUUUGUCAAGGACAUUUGCAAGUCUCUGUGGUGUCACCGCACGGGCCACCGGUGUGAAACCAAGUUCAUGCCUGCUGCAGAAGGGACCAGCUGUGGACCCGACAUGUGGUGCCGGAAGGGUCAGUGUGUUAAAUAUGGGGAGCAUGGCCCCAAGGCAGUCCAUGGGCAGUGGUCGGCCUGGUCCCAGUGGUCUGACUGCUCCAGGACAUGUGGAGGUGGGGUCAUGUACAGGGAGCGCUACUGCAACAGUCCGAGGCCACAGAAUAAUGGUAAAUUUUGCUCCGGCUCCAGUCGUUUCAACCAGCUGUGUAAUAUACGCCCGUGUCCCUUCAGUGCGGUGGACUUCCGGGCCCAGCAGUGUGCCGAGUACAACAGCAAGCCUUUCAGAGGCUGGUUCUAUAAGUGGAAGCCCUACACCAAAGUCGACGAUGAAGACAUCUGUAAACUGUACUGCAUUGCAGAAGACUUUGACUUCUUCUUCGCCAUGUCCAGCAAAGUGAAAGAUGGGACCUCUUGCUCUGACCACAACGGAGGCAUCUGCAUUGAUGGAGUUUGUGAGGCAGUGGGCUGUGACCAGGUCCUGGCUUCAAAGGCCUCUCUGGAUGCCUGUGGAGUCUGUAAUGGAGACAACUCCACUUGCAAGUUCUUUAAGGGCCAGUACAUCCUUCAGCACCAGGCUAACGAGUAUUACUCCAUGGUAACAAUUCCAGCCGGGGCACGGAGCAUCCACAUCCAGGAAAUGGAGGUUUCCACCAGCUACUUGGCCGUCCGCUCCCUGAAGAGGAAAUAUUACCUGACUGGGGACUGGACUGUGGAUUGGCCAGGGAAAUUCUACUUUGGUGGAACUGUUUUUGAAUAUCAACGCUCCUUCAACAAACCAGAGAGCCUGUCUGCUGCUGGACCCACGAAUGAGACGCUGGUGUUUGAAAUCCUCCUGCAGGGAAAGAACCCGGGUGUGGUGUGGGAGUACACGCUGCCUCGCACCGAGAGGAAACCUGAUUACAGCUGGGGCGUGGUACGCUCUGACUGCUCUGCCGCCUGUGCAGGUGGUCGUAUUUCUACCAAGGCCAUCUGUCUGCAGGACCUGAAGGUUCAGGUCAAUUCCACCAUGUGUAAUCCCAACACUAGACCGACGCUGGGCUCCCAUCUCUGUAACACGCAGCCCUGCCCUGCAUAUUGGACGACAACAGACUGGGGGCUUUGCAGUCGGUCGUGUGGAGGAGGCCAGCAGACCAGGACACUUCGCUGUUUGAGGAAGGUGACCUACCAGAGAGAAGAGGUGGUGGCUCACUCCCUCUGCCCAGUCAUUUCGCCCACUGAGGUACAGCCCUGCCACACCCAGGCCUGCCCACCCGAGUGGAGCACAGGAUCCUGGUCACAGUGCUCGAAGACUUGUGGCCGCGGACUGAGGAAGCGGAGCGUGUUUUGCCGCAGCGCUGAUCCUGGGGUUAAAGCAGCGGUGGUGCCUGACAGCAUGUGCAGACAGGACCGCAGACCCAAAGCCCAGGAGACCUGCGUUCUGCGGCGUUGCCCGAAGAACGAAAAGCUUCAGUGGAUUCCCACUCCCUGGGGAGAGUGCUCCAGGUCUUGUGGCUCAGGCAUCCAGAAGAGAGAGCUUCGCUGCGGGGAGAGCGACUCCCAGGGAGGAUUUGUGGAGUUUCCCAUAAGGAGGUGCAGGAAUAUGGCCAAACCAUUGGUGGAUCUCCAGCAGGCCUGCAGCCGAGGUCCAUGCCCAGAGUUCCCCCGGGUCAUCCCUGGCAGAACCACCUCCAGUGCUGUGGUCUUAGGCUGGUACUCGUCUCCCUGGAAACAGUGCUCUGUGUCAUGUGGCGGAGGUGUCCAGACUCGGUCCAUCCAGUGUCUACGGCAGGGCCGGCCAGCAGCUGGUUGUCUGCCCCAUCAGAAGCCCGUCACUUCAAGGGCCUGCAACACUCACUUCUGCUCUGCUGCCGUCCCGGCUCCGCCGCAACGCACGGGCCGUGUCACAGCCGCUGUACCAUCACUAAAAGAUGAACACUGUGUGGACCUUUUCAGCUGGUGUCAUUUGGUUCCCCAGCAUGGCGUCUGUAACCACAAGUUCUACGGACAGCAAUGCUGCAAAUCCUGCUCCAGCAAAAGUCCAUAGAGCUCUUUUGUCUCUUUUUUUCUGUGUGGCUACAGCCCUCUGAAGGAAACAACACUGAAGGCCAUACUCUGCCACAGUUAGAACACACAGAACUGCAAACUACACCCUUGUGUGUGUUCUUCCUGGAGUACUUGACUAAUGAAUUUGUAAAGCAGUAGAAGAUAAACCAUUGACUCUUCCUCUCAAUAAAUCAAAAUGACCUGGAUUCAUGAUGCUGUUCCUGCAAAAACAGCAUCAUCAAGUUAUGGCUCCUGUUGGAAUUGGAAGGAUAGUGCCAAUCGGAACAUUGGAAAACCCACUGAUGUAAAAUAUGUGUGGCCGUUUUGUUGAGUGUCUUGAAACCUCAGAAACUACAAGCCAUCAGCAAAGGACAGUAGCGAUUUGGGUUGUAAAUUUAAAGGCGCCUGGUUUUUAAGUUAUUAUGGUUCGUAAUAUAUGACUUACAGUGUGUCAUGUGUACAGUGGAUCUGUAACACGUUGUUUCAUUGUUUGGAUAUGUGUCAGAUACCCUUGGAUCCACAUUAUGAGAUUUUAUGAGAUUUUAGUAAUCAGUCAUUGAAUGUCUUAUGCACUUCCUCUUCACACUUUCUCUGCUUGCUGCUGAAUCAUAUCGGACAUUUUUCUCCAUUUUAACACUCUGAAAACAUACUGAUCUGUGUCACGUUUCAUUUAGUCACAUUUCAGCUGGUGGUUUUUAUGUCUUCUUUAUCAUUACGGUAAUACAACUCUAUCAACUGUCUUUUUUCCCUGCAUC